AUGAGCCCUGGUACAAGAGCCCCCAGGCCUCUGAGAACAAGCCAGGACAGCGUGGGAGAGCUGCUGCUGCAGGAAGACCCUGCCUCAGCCAGUGAUGAGGCUCCCAGCAUCCUCCGUCCCACUCCCAGCCCACAGCCAGUCACUCUCACAAAAGCUCUGCUGGGCAGCCUCCUGUUCCUUGCUAUCUUGGUGACAGCAUGCAAUGCAAGCUGCACUUUUCAAGCACAUAAGGCUCUUCCAAACCAACCGCCUGAUGUGGCUGGCUCAGUGUCCCUACAAGCUUUGUUCCUGUGGUGUGACCUGGGGAUUUGCAUCAUUUUAGGAUGCCUGGAUUCUGAUGGUAGCAAACACCGUGUGGGCACUGAAUGGAUAACCAACUGUACGAAGUGUUUCUGUGAAAAAGAUGGAAUUAAUUGCUGCUCCCAAAUCCUUAUACCCAGGGGCUAUGACCAAGAGAAGUGUAAGACAAUAUUCCAUCAAGAGGUGUGCAAAUAUACCGUGGUGGAAAAGAACGAUGAAGGAAAGUUCUGUCGUGUUGAUAGUUGGAUAUUGUAAAUGUGCUUCGAGUGGGCCCCAAAGUUGAGCAACAUUUGAAUAUUUGUAUGAUUUAAAUUUACCAAUUGUAGCCUGGGUGGU